AAUAAUCAAAUUCUGAACUUUAUUGCACUUUAGGAGACUUAAUUCACAUAGUCACAUAGCAUAAAGCAUGUUUCUUUUUUCUGCUAAAGGAAAUUUACGUUUGAUCCAAAAGAAGGAAUCGAUAACCCUGCCAUGGUCAUCACAGAUAACUCAGAUCCCUGCUGGACUCCCAGGCCACGCCUGUGUGCUCUCAAGAGAGAGGAGGGCCAGACGUAUGGCUUCAACCUACGGAUGGAGAAAGGUUGCAAUGGACACAUGAUUCGAAAUGUGGUGUCAGGGGGCAUCGCGGCGCACAGCGGCCUGCAUGAUGGAGACAGACUUCUGGAGGUCAACAACUUUUACGUUGAUGAUGUUCCCCACACUGAGGUUGCCAGGAAGAUUAAGCUUAGCGGGCAGCAGUUAUGCUUGCUGGUUCUGGAUGGCGAUGAGUAUGAGCAGGCUGUGGAAAGGGGCCUGGACCUUCGACUGUUGUCGGGAAAUGUAGCUGAAGAACCAUGCAAGCCGCCCAGACUGUGCCACAUCACCAAGCAUCCUGGCUCAGGUCUGGGUAUCAGCUUUACAGCCUUGGAAGGAGAGAAAGGUCGCUUUUCAGUGAACCUGGUGAAAGGGGGUGCGGCUGAAAAAGCAGGAGUCCGCAAGGGAGAUCAUCUGAUUUGGAUGAACGGAGUAAUGGUGUCCCACCUCACACACUCUGCCCUCAGUCGAAUGAUGAAAAAAUAUGGAAAUAGCAUCACAAUCUUGGUGAUAGACAGUGAAAGCGAGAGGAUCUACAUGAAAAAGAAGAUGCCCAUUUUACCAGCCAUGGCUGUGUCCCACAAGCUGCCCUUCAGAGCCAGAAAGCUCCACCUGAUCUCUGGGCCACAAGGAUAUGGAUUUCUCCUCCGACUGGAGAAGACGUCAUCCGGCCACACAUAUCAUUUUCUGCGUGAGGUGGAGAGUGGCAGUCCAGCAGAGAAGGCAGGUGUGCAGGAUGGAGAGAUCCUGCUGGAGGUCAAUGGAGAGUCGGUGGACUCGCUCAGACACGAUGAGAUUGUGGAAAGAGUGAGAUUAAGUGGAAAGCAGGUCUUCCUCACCACCAUCUCUCAGUCUGGGUUAGGAUUUUACAACCAGCUGGGCCUGUCUCCUCUUCUGUUCUCUGACAGUGAAGCAGCUGAGAUAAAACCUGAGAACAUUGUUGACGUUCAGCUGUCUGCAAAGAAAAACAACGACUCAUUGAGUCCGAAGCUCUGCAGAGUCGAAAGAGGUCCUCUCGGAUAUGGCUUUCAUCUCGACUCUUUUGUGCAGAGACCUGGGACUUUCAUCAGUGAGGUGGCUUCUGGAGGUUCUGGGCAGAGAGCAGGACUGGUUGUGGGAGAUGUUCUAUUGGAGGUUAAUGGCGAAAACGUGAAGGAGAAAUAUCUAGAAGAUGUGAAUACUUUAGUGAAAAAUGGAGGGAAAUAUCUUUCCUUAUUACUUAUGGAUCGAGUAAGCUUUGACAAAAAGAACGAGAAAGAGAGAUCAGAACCUGCUGUGACGGACAGAGAGGAUGAAGACAAUUUUGAGAUUUCGAUUUUAUGAGGAUAAACAGUUUUGAGGCCUUUUUUCAGCACCAUGCACACUUUCUGGAUAUUAUGAAAAGACCUGAAAAGGAGGAUAACUAAUGCAACUGUUGUCCCUCAGUUACCUUGACUAAAGGAGGGGAUUCAAAGGCGAUCCAAACAAUAAAACCAACAACAUAAGCUAAAAAGGAAUCAGAUUUCAUAAAGAAUAUUAGAAGGAGUGGUGCCCUAGUGGUUAGGGCAUAGAGCUUGGAAUCCUGAGGUUGUGAGUUUGAAUCCCACCCCCACAGACUGCCACUCUGGGUGCCUGAGCAAGACCCUUAAUCCCUGAUUGCCCCCCUGGGCGCCCCAUGAUGGGGAUGGGUUAAAUGCAGUGGUACAUUUAUCCAAUGUGAGAUCAAUAAAGUUCAAUUAAUUAAUUGAAUGAAAGUACAGCAUUUCUUUUCAGUGUUAUAGUUUAAGGUGAUAUUGGAUCUACUAAAACAGUUUAUUGAAGUUUAUUUUGGCUGAAGAAUUGUGUUGCUGUCUUUCUGAGGCAAAAGAUGCUCAAAUAGUCACCAAUGUCAUAAAAACAAUUCUAUGAGUGAGAAAAUAUGUGAAAAUGUUUUGUUUUCUGAAACUGUAGAAAAUGAUAAGGUGGUGGUAAGAUCAAUGCAUAUUUCUGAUGCGAUUUUCAAAAUAUAAAUAUCUUCAAGUUUAUUUCGCCUGAUAAAAUGUAUGAUAUGAAACUGAUAUAGCAACUGAUAUCCCAAUUGUAAAACUAUGUAAAAAUUACAAUAAAAAAUUAUUUUUGUUUC